AUGACUAAUGACGGAGCCAUUAACCGCUUGUUGUAUGCAAUACUCAGCCAGAAAUGUCUUAAAGAUAUUGAUUGGAACAAAGUAGCACACGAUCCUGUUCUUUCCCAAGAGAUCACCAAUGGUCAUGCUGCGCGCAUGCGGUACUUUCGUUUCAAGAAACAAAUGGACGGCACGACUUCAAUGCCAACUGGUCCUAGAAAAAUUGCAACUCCUCGACGUUCUAGGGUUGAGAAGAAAAAACCAGCAAAACGAGAGCUCAAGUUUAAAAAUCGUAAAGACAGUCGCCAAGACGUGAAGCUUUCCUCUGUCACGAAAUCUGAAUCCCAGAACGAUCAUACCUGUCCUUCUACGAGUACGAGAGCCACGGACAUGGACAGCAACAAUCCACUCUCCACGCUUAAAAUCACGAACUUUGAGCCCACCAACUCUUCUACUUUCCACUUCAAAACAAAGACAGAGUCCGACCUCUUUCUCCCAUUCCCAAUCACUUCAUCAGAGUCCUCCCCUCUUCCAACCCCUUUCCUUAUGGAUUCGCCUACCUCACCUAACAGUCCUACAUUUCUUAACCCUGGCAUUUUUAGCCUACACAGUUCUAUUUUAAGCACUGCUAACCUCAAAAAUCGCAUGAUGGAUACCUCAUUCUUCGGUCCACCUCUAUACAAACAGACAGAGAGCAUGGAGUCCGUGGAGGCUGGCCGUCGAGACCACAUGAGAUAUUGUUUCGAUCCUUGGAAUCAGGUUAUGGAUGGAUUCAAUAACAUUACUGGUGUCGUUGAGGAUCAAGGUGGCGUCAUGUUUAAGAGGGAGGAAUCUUGUGAAGAUGCUCUUUAUGAAUCUUUUAUGAAGUAG